AUGAAGCUCACCGCCCUUGCCUUUGCGGCUUCUCUGGCCGGCCCAGUGUUGGUCGCUGGCGCGCCGCGGGUCGUCCAGGUCCAUCCCUCAGACAUCCGGCCCCGAAGGGUUGGCGGAGCCAGAAUCAAGCUGCCGCAGGUUCACAAUGACAAUUUCAGACAGCAUGGCAAAGGCCCGAGGGCCCUCGCCAAGGUCUACGAGAAGUACGGGAUCGAGAUGCCGCAGGAGCUGGUUGUUGUUCUGCAAAAGAUCCUCGAGGACCUGGGCAUUGAGCCUACACUCAAGACGGUCCCGGGGUUCAAGUCCCACAGCGCCGGAUCGCCCUACACCAACGAGACGGACGACCAAGGCGAGGUCUCUGCCGUUCCGCAGCUUUUCGACGUCGAGUAUCUGGCACCCGUCGAGAUCGGCACGCCGCCGCAGACUCUGAUGCUCAACUUCGACACCGGCUCGUCCGACUUGUGGGUGUUCAGCAGCGAGACGCCCAGCCGGCUCCAGGGCGGCCAGAAGCUGUACCAGAUCCAGGACAGCACCACGUCCAAGCGGCUCGCCAACCACACCUGGUCCAUCCAGUACGGAGACGGCAGCCGCUCGGCCGGCAACGUGUACCUCGACACGGUCAGCGUCGGCGGCGUCACCGUGUUCCAGCAGGCCGUCGAGUCCGCCACGACCGUCUCAUCAUCCUUCACCGCCGACGCCGCCUCGUCCGGCCUGCUCGGCCUGGCCUUUGACUCAAUCAACCAGGUCCGCCCGAACAAGCAAAAAACGUUCAUCUCUAACGCGCUCGAGUCGCUGGAGAUGGGCCUCUUCACCGCCAACCUCAAGAAAGCUGAGCCCACCGCAGCCGGCAACUACAACUUCGGCUUCAUCGACGAGACCGAGUUCACAGGCCCGCUCUCCUUCAUCGACGUCAACACGACCCGAGGCUUUUGGGAGUUCCAGGCGUCCGGCUUCUCCAUCCAGAGCAACGCCAACUCCAGCUCCAACACGUCCUCCAUGUUCGUCCCCGUUGCCCACUCGGCCAUCGCCGACACAGGCACCACUCUGCUCCUCCUCCCCGCCGCCAUCGCCCAGGCCUACUACUGGCAAGUGCCCAGCGCGCGCAGCAGCGCCGUGGUCGGCGGCUGGGUGUUUCCCUGCAACGCCACGCUGCCCGACCUGACGCUGCACAUCGGCACGUACAAGGCCGUCGUCCCCGGCGAGCUGAUCAAGUUCGCCCCCGCGGACACGGACGACUUCGAGACGGCGACGGUGUGCUACGGCGGGGUGCAGAGCUCGAGCGGCAUGCCGUUUGCCAUUUACGGUGACGUGUUCCUCAAGGCGCAGUUUACCGUGUUUGAUGUCGAGGGCCACCAGUUGGGGUUUGCGCCUAAGCCGGAGCUGUAG